AUGGCAAUCGAAUCUCCAGACGCUGAAUUGGGAGUGAGAUUUCGACCCAUCGAUGAACAACUCAUUCGCUAUUUGAUUAAAUUUGUUGUUUCUAAAAAUUACGUUUGUAAAGAUAUUGAAUUUGAAGAACUUUACGGAAGUAAGAAGGCAUGGGAGUUAUUGGAAGACUCAUCCGAUACUAAAUAUUUUUUUACUAAAUUAAAGAAACGCGAUACAAGGUUUAGUCGGACUUUGGUGGGAGGAGGAAGUUGGAAAGGGAAGAGCAAAGGAAAACCGGUAGGUGCAAACAAAGCUGGGACCAAAAGAACUUACAACUACGAAGAAAAUAAAAAGAAUGAAGUUAAUGACGUUUCUUGGAUCAUGAAAGAGUAUAGUCUUGACGACAAGGUAAUAAAGUUGUUAAGUAAUAGAGGUGUGAUGAAGCACAAGGAUGUUGUUUUGUGCUACGUUAGGUGUAAAGUUAAAAAAUCAAGAAAUCAUAUGCCUACAACAACUGUCAGUGGAAAUGACGAUGAUGAAGAUGGUGAUGAUACACUACUACCCCAAGGGCCUAAUGAAUUUGGAUAUGGUGAUCAAUUUCCUCAACAGAUUGUGAAGCCAAUGCAUUAUAUUGAAUCAGGGUAUGUUGGAUGUGAUGAUGAGAAUAUGAACGAUAUGACAACACAACCGCAGUGGCCUAUGGAUGACCAUCAACUUUCUCAGCUAAUCGUCACGUUUCCAAUGGUUCAAGGGAACGGUGCUGCAAUGAAUGAAGGAAAUAUGAAUGGUGAAUUCGUUUUUCCUGAGAAAUUGUCAACAUAUCAGGAAGAGCAAGUGCAGAAUGUUGAAGAGACAGCAGGUAAUGAUUAUCAAGUCGACCCAACAAACAACGAAGAGUGUUUAUUAGAUGAAUUAGGUGAUUUUGAUAAAUUUAUGGGACAAAACCAGCAAUGGCUAUCUGAAUUGCUCUCUUAG